AUGGCAGAGACUCUUUUGGCCUUUGGAGUGGAGAAGCUAUGGGACCUUCUUGUCCGAGAAUCUGAUCGAUUCCAGGGUGUUGAAGAGCAAUUUGAUGAGUUAAAAAGUGAUAUGAACAUGUUAAGGUGCUUUUUGGAAGAUGCAGAUGCCAAGAAACACACAAGUGCAAUGGUGAAAAAUACUGUGAAAGAGAUCAAAGAAAUUGUUUACGAUGCUGAAGAUAUCAUUGAAACCUUUCUUUUAAAGGAAGAACUCGGAAAAACAAGUGGUAUCAGGAACAGCGUGAAAAGAUUGGCUUGGGUUAUAGUGGAUCGCAGGGAACUUGCUUCCGACUUAAGAGCCAUAAGUAAGAGGAUCUCUAAGGUGAUCCGUGAUAUGAAGAGUCUUGGCGUACACCAGGUCAUUCUCAAUGAAGGAUAUAUUCAGUCUCUACAGGAAAGACAAAGAGAAAUGCGACAAACAUUUUCUAACGACAAUGAAAGUGUUCUUGUGGGGUUGGAGAAGAACAUUGAAAAAUUGGUACUGGGAUGGGCGGUCUUGUUUACAAGGAAGUAUGUGUGGCAGACGAUCUUGAAGAAACUCAGGCCAGCAUAUAAGGUGUCUCAUAUGACAGAAGACGAACUUCAAGAAAAUCUCUUUAAAGUGUUGGAAACACAAAAAGCUUUAAUUGUCCUUGAUGAUAUAUGGAGAGAGGAAGAAUGGGAUAGGAUAAAGCCAAUGUUUCCAAGAAAAAAAGAAUCUAAGGUUGAUGAAGAAAUGGAAGAGAUGGGUAGGCAGAUGAUCAAACAUUGUGGAGGACUACCGUUGGCUGUUAAGGUGUUAGGAGGGUUGUUAGCUGCACAGUACACAUCACGUGAGUGGAAAAGGAUAUAUGAGAAUAUUAGAUCUCACAUCGUUGGGGGGACUAGCUUCAAUGAAAAAAAUAUCAGUUCGGUAUAUCAUGUUUUGUAUAUGAGCUUCGAAGAACUGCCGGUUUAUCUGAAGCAUUGCUUCCUCUACCUAGCCCAUUUUCCAGAAGAUAAAGUAAUAAAUGUAGGGGAUCUGGCAUACUACUGGGAUGCAGAAGGAAUACCAAGGCCGAGGCAUUACGAUGGAGCAACCAUUCGAGAAGUCGCUGAUGGAUACAUAGAAGAAUUGGUGAAGAGAAACAUGGUUAUUUCUGAAAGAAGCGAUAGUACGUCAAGAUUUGAAAUAUGUCACUUGCAUGACAUGAUGAGAGAAGUUUGUCUGCUUAAAGCUGAAGAAGAGAAUUUUAUACAAAUUGCUGAUGCAAGUUCCUUUACCUCACCUACAAAAUCUCAAUCUCCUUGUACGUCGCGCAGACUUGGUAUACAUUCGUCUGAUGAUACAAUUCAUAUGGAGGGGUAUAGCAAGAAUCCAAAACUUAGAUCUUUGAUUAUCAAGAAGCAGUAUCGGGGGUCAAAGUGGAAGGCAUCAGGUUUAUGCUUUAAAGGACUGCAAUUGAUGAGGGUGUUAGAUAUUACUGGAGCCGAAUUUCAAGAAGGGAAGUUACCAUCUAGCAUUGGAAAGCUUAUCCACUUGAAAUAUUUGAGUCUAUAUCGUGCUCGGGUAUCUCAUCUACCUUCUUCUAUGCGGAAUCUGAAGUUGCUCCUCUAUUUGAAUCUAAAUGUUGAAGCUGGAUCUCCACUUUAUGUUCCUAAUAUCUUGAAAGAGAUGCAAGAACUGAGAUAUCUCUGGUUACCGAGUGAAAUACAUGAUAAGGCAGACUUAGAAUUAGGUGAUCUAAUCAACUUGGAAGUAUUGGAGAAUUUCUCAACAAAACAUAGCAGUGUGACGGAUCUUCAUCGUAUGUCAAGCCUCAGGACUAUCUCAAUCUUAUUCAAUUGUGAGUAUACUCUGCAAACUCUAACUUCACCUCUAUGUGAACUGAGUUGCUUGGAAAAUCUUACUAUAAGCGAUCACGAGGCUGGUACAGAAAAUAUUCUUUACGAUUUCAUCCGAUGUGUGGAGGAGGAUCCAUUGCCGAUUCUCCGGAGAAGAUAUUGCAACUGCAGAACAAGAAUGAUUUGCUCGAGCGGUGGGUUUCCUCAGUUGAAAAAUCUAGUAUUGGAAAAACUAGAUCCGUUAGAAGAGUGGAUAGUAGAAGAAGGCUCCAUGCCACUUCUACAUACUCUGUCUAUCACUCAUUGUAAUAACUUGAAGGAGCUUCUUGAUGGGCUGAGAUUUAUCACUUCCUUGAAAGAAUUGACAAUUAUCACAACUGAAUCAAAGUUCAAGGAGAAAUUGUACAGAGGAGGGGAAGAUCAUUACAAAGUCCAACACAUUCCUCUCGUUAAAAUUCCUGUUGUUAGCAUGAGUUAUACUCCUGAAGAGCGUUACGGAUGGGUAAUAAGAAUAGACAACCAGGUGAAUAUGUUCUGA